UUAAUGCUUAUGGAAUCAGCUGAUCAAGGAUUGUGUUGUUUGAACGGACGGUCGGAGUAAUUAUUUUUAAAUAUUCAGAAUGAAGUCUUUUUAUUAAUAUAACUGAAGAGUAUUUGUUCUUAAAUAACAAGUAACAUUUUUCCAAUAAUAAGUCAAGUAAUUAUAUUAAAUGGGAAUAUAUAAUUAUCAGUAGAUAUGGAGAUGAAAAAAACACUCUUGUCACCACACUUUAUUCAACAUUUUGAAUAUACUUCACCUGCACAAAGAAGUAAACUUAUACAAAGAGUAUUGCUAACUGCAAUAAAAAUCCUUUUGCUCUCUCUUCUCGUUUCUUCUCUAAUUUAUUGGCUUGUACAAUAUGAAUUUAAUCAUUCGUUAUCUUGGAAUGAUAUCAAAUAUUGGUUAGAUAAAGAUGAUGUGAAGAACCAAACAAAGAAAUUUGAACCAAACUGCAACAUUAUGAUACCUGAUAAUGAGAAGUUUGAUUGCCACCCAGAUUUUCCCGCGUCGGAGAAAGACUGCCUUAAUCGUGGUUGUUGUUGGAACGCUAAUCAAAAUAUUGGUGAUAAGAAUCAAAAUAUUAUACCCAACUGUUAUUUUCCUUCAAAUUAUAUUGGUUAUGAAGUAAAAAACAUAGAAAAAGAAUUAACAAAAAUCUCUGCUCUUCUUCAGAGAACAGUUCCAUCAAAUUUUCCAUCAGAUGUCAAAUAUGUUAAUUUGACAGUAUAUUUUUAUGACAGAAAUACCAUUAGAAUCAGACUAACUGAUGCAAAUAGUACACGAUUCGAAAUUCCUUAUCCAGAGGAAACUAGAGAUCUUGGAGGUCUUUAUGGCAAAUGGAAAAGACCACUAUAUAUGAAAUAUGCAAUUUUUCUUGAUUACAAUGGUGAAUUACUAGUAAAUAGAUUAUCAAACAGAGAAACAGUGUUUAAAACAGAUUUGAAGAGAUUGAUAUUUUCACACCAAUUUCUGCAGUUAUCAUCAUUACUUCCAUCAAAAUAUAUUUAUGGACUUGGUCAACACAAAAGCCCUCUAUUAAAAAAUACAAAGUGGAACCUUAUAACUUUCUUCAAUAAAGGCAGACAUUUACAUAAUGAAGAAACAAAUUCUGGAAGUCAUCCAUUUUAUUUGGUUAUGGAAAAGAAUGGAAACAGUCAUGGUGUAGUUCUUUUAAACAGUAAUGCUAUGGACAUUAUGAUUCAACCAACGCCGGCCAUAACAUUUCGUCCAGUUGGAGGAAUAUUUGACUUCUUUGUUUUUCUUGGACCCAAACCCAAUGACGUUAUACAACAAUAUACUAAAAUCAUAGGUACUACUUUGAUGCCUCCAUAUUGGAGUUUGGGAUCUCAUUUGUUUAACUAUAAUUCUGAUGAUUUAAAAGAAACAGCGAAUAUCUCAAAGAGAACCAAAUUAACUGAAAUGCCUUUGGAUGCUAUAUGGGAAGUUAAUGUGCAGAGGCAUAAUGGAUUCGUUUAUGACAAUCGCAAAUAUGAAGUUUUGUCGAAACUUAUUAACCAUUUGCAUAAUAUUGGGUUGCAUUAUAUAUUUACUCUAGAUCCUGGAACUGGAAAUGCAGAAUCCCUAAAUCAUUAUUCACCUUAUGAUGAUGGAUUGAAAAUGGAUGUUUUUGUAAAAGAUAAAAAUGGACAAAUUCUCAUUGGAAAAGGAAGGAAUGGUACAUCAGUAGUGUUUCCAGACUUUCUUCAUCCAAAUAUUACUGAUUAUUGGACUAAACAAUUUAAACAUCUUUAUUCACAAGUAGAAAUUGAUGGAGUAUUGAUUGAUAUGAAUGAACCAACUAAUUACCAUAAUGGAAAAAAUGAAUGUCCAAAUACAAGUUAUGAAUAUCCUUCCUACAUGCCACAUAAUCUGAAAUCCUUACAUUCUUACACACUAUGCAUGAGUUCUAAACAUCAUAAUGCAAUGCAUUAUAAUGUGCAUAACAUGUAUGGAUUUAUGGAAGCUAUUGUUACCAAUGGAGCAUUAGUAACAGUUUCAAAGAAGAAACCUUUUAUCAUUUCACGUUCGUCAUUUCCUGGUUUAGGCCAUUAUGCAGGAGUUUUGGAUGACAAUAGUUUUUCCUGGAAUGAUAUACGAUUAUCUGUAUCUUCAAUUUUGAGUUUUAACAUGUUUGGCAUUCCAAUGGUUGGGACAAAUAUAUGUGGUCUUGUCAGAAAUGCUGAUGUUGAUUUGUAUAGCAGGUGGAUGGCUUUGGAAUCUUUCUAUCCAUUUUUUAUAAGAUGUAAUUUAGACAAAUAUAAUGAACAAGAUUCUGAUGCUUUACAUUCUCAAGUAGUUUCUGCUAUUAAAGAAACUGUCAUGACUCGUUAUUUCUUUCUGCCGUAUCUGUAUACUUUAUUCCGUAAAAGUUAUCGACUUGGUAAUGCUGUUGCAAGGCCAUUAUUUUUUGAGUAUACUACUGAUAGAAACACUUAUUUCAUAGAUGAUCAGUUUCUCUGGGGAGAAUCUUUGAUGAUCAUUCCUGUCCUUAAUCCAAAUAAAUCAAAAGUAAAUGCAUAUUUUCCUCGAGACACUUGGUAUGAUUUUCAUACGAGCAAAAUAUAUAAUAACACCGGUACUCGUGUUAUUUUACAUGUUCCUCUCGGCACUGUAAAAUUAACUAUACGUGGUGGUUAUAUUAUUCCUGGUCAAAUUCCUGCCAAUACAACACUGGAAAGUCGCUUAAAUCCUUUUUAUCUGAUUGUUGCUUUAAAUAGUUCAAAAAUGGCAAUUGGAGAUCUUUAUUGGGACGAUGGAGAAUCAAUUCAAUCUGAAUAUAAUUAUAUAUCGUUCAAAGCAAAAAGUAACACACUCACUAUGAAUCCAGUUUUAAUAAAAUAUAAAAAUAUGCCAAAGUUAGGAUAUGUUAAAGUAUUAGGAUGUGAAGACUGGCCAAAAUCUGUUAAUGCCAAUUCAGUUCCUGCUUCAUUUGAUUACUACAUGGAUGAAAAGGUUCUCAUAAUUUCAAAUUUGACAUUGUCACUGUUAGAGAGUAAUUCAAUCAGCUGGAUAUUUUGAAAGAAACUGAAGUUGUAAUAUUAUGUAAAUAUGGUUUCAUAUUUGUCAUUAUUUUAUAAAAGCUGUAAAAAAUAAUAUAUAAAAUUGAAACAAAC